GCGGUGGCAACGGCAGCAGAAGUAACAACAACAGCAGACGUGGCGGUGGCAACGGCAGCAGAAGUAACAACAAGAGCAGACGAGGCUUUGGCAACGGCAGCAGAAGGAACAACAACAGCAGACGAAGCGGUGGCAACGGCAGCAGAAGGAACAACAACAGCAGACGAAGCGGUGGCAGCGGCAGUAGAAGUAACAACAACAGCAGACGAAGAAGAAGAAAGAACAAGAG